AUGAUUUGUUUGAGUGAUUUUAGGAUUAUUCUUCUGGGGAAGAGUGCAUCGGAAAACAACAGAGUGAGAAACUUCAUCCUAAAAAGAUCAGCAUUUGAGAAUGAAGAUCCUUCAGAUGAUGUUCAGCAGCAGAGUGACAAACACAUCACAGUCAUCAACAAUCCUUACCUGCUUCAGCUAAACCUCACAGACCAUCAGAUCAGUCAUGGAGUUAAAGAGUGUUUGUCUCUGUCUGCUCCUGGACCUCAUGUCAUCAUCCUCAUCCUACAACAUCAUGACUUCAGUGAGGAACACAAAAAAAGAGUCAACAAAGUGCUGGAGAAAUUCAGUGAACAAGCGAGAAAACGCACCAUAGUGCUGACAGAUGAAGAGAGAGAGAGUGAAGAACACAGAAGUAACUCUUUUCAUCAGUUAAUAAAGCAAUGUGGAGGUGGACAUCUUCAAUUUGAUGAAAGAAAAUCGGAAUGUCACUCUGAGUUAUUUCACAGGAUUAAGAAAAUACUUGAGGAUGAAGAGGAUUCAUUUAUUAUCUGUGACUUGUAUGAGGCAUCAGUGAAUAAAGGAAGAUUAGUGAAUGAAAGAACGUCAGUGUAUGAAAAAACAUCAGUGAACGAAAAAACAACAGUGGAUGAAAAAAGGUCAGUGGAUGAAAAAACGUCAGUGGAGGAAAGAACAUCAGUGAAUGAAGGAACAUCAGAAAUUGUUGUUAAAAGGAACAUCUUGGGUAAGUUUUAUUUACAUUUUUCGAAACCACUCAGCAAUCACUCCUAUUAAAUCAUAACAUUGGGUUUUGUCUUUAGUCAGGUUACAUUUAAAAUGUCCAGGAACUACAACAACUGUGCUGUGC